AUGGAAUGGCUGGCUGCUUUCGAGACGCGGGCUCUUGCGGACGCUGCCACUCACGCUGCACUGGUGUUUUUCGCAGAGAACUACCAGUCUCCACCGUCGGAGGAGAUAAUCGAGCUGCUUGUCCCAUGGCUUGAUACCGUCCCAAGGAUAGAGUGCAAGUCGAUUGAGCUCACUGCCGCUGUCCGCCAGAUGCUCGAGGAAGUGAAACUGCGAGGCACUGACAUCGAGAAUGUCAGUGCUGCGACGAGUGCUUUUGUCGAAGACUGGCUCACAAAACGUUCGCGACUUUACCGAAAACAACGAUGGGACUUCCACCCGUACAGUGACGAGAGCGAGACAAUGGGCCGCUUGCUCUACACCUGGACGUUGACGACGAGAGGCAAGAGUGAUCACGCGGAGCUCCAGAAGCUGUGCGGGGUCACCACCAAGUCGUUCCCAGCGUUUUCGGAGCAGCAUUCCGCGGUGUCUUUGUGA